AGUCUUCGCUUGGCAGCAGCACGCGUGACAACGAUUUUCUGCGUUUGCGGUCGCGAAACCCUUUUCACUUUGGUUGGUGCAGACGAAUUUUAUUAUAAGCUGAAUUUUAUCAUCGCUCUGAACGGAAGCAUUGAAGUGUACGAAUUUUGUGUCAGAGUGAUUCCGAACGAUAUACCGGAAGAUUAGGAGGGGUUAGUUGAAACUUAGCGAAGAAUUUUCCAUUCGGCUCCGAAGUGGAUGCUGAAUUGCGUGAGAAUUGUUUUGAAGAUCUGAAAGUCAAGGUGCAGUGACUUGGAAGUUGUGGAACUGGUUAACGAUCGAUUUCGGAGGAGGUUGAACAAGUGUUUUGUGUUUCUGGAAGUUUUUGAAAGAUUGGUUGAUUCAAAGGCUUGGAGUGAUCCAAACAGGAAGUGAGUGAGUUGUGGUGCAAUUCUGGAAGAUGUCCCUCCGGGGACAACGGUACGGGUCUUCACGCGAGUGGGUCACUUUGCCACCGGUGACGGAAAAUCGAGUACAAUUUGUUAUGUAAAUCAGAUGAUUCUCGCUCGCAGUUUGACGAAGAGGACCACGCAGCAGUACGACGGCUCUCCGCGAGAUCACACUUUUACUUUGGCUCACAGCGGUCGAGCAACGAGGACCAAGACCAAGUCGGCGACAUCAACAGCGGCUUCUGUACCGAGAGGAGCUCUCAUUAAAAGCCGAUUGGAUAUUUUGAGAAAUUAGUGUCGGACGGCUCUUAUUUCUGUGUUUUUCGUCUGCGGCGGUGAACUGCGCGGAAAACUUACCGAGUUAUUUUAACUCUUCCUUUUUAUCCACCGCAGUAGACUACAGCUGUUGGGCGGAGGGUAGUUCAUCAAAACUGACGAAGGCCUAUUUCGUUGCGGCGGUCACAAACUCACGGUCAACUGUCGCAAAUGGAAGAUCCCCGCAUCACGUGAGGCACGCUGCAAUACGCUACAAUUUUCGGGGUCCACGUCCAAAAAAACGUUGCAUUCUGUGCGGGUGUACCGAAAUUGUUAUCAGUUAUCGAAGGAUUGUUUCGUGCGGCUUUCCGCAAGACCGGCAUGCCGUUGGUGUUCGCGGAAUUUGAUUAAUUAAACGAAACUCGAGGCGCAGUGGAAGUGAUUUGUGCGCGUCUCUCAUUCUCUUAUCGGCCGAAGUCUCGGCAGCUGUGUAACGCAUAAGUGGUGUGCGAAAUUGCUGUGCAAAUUUUACCGCGAUUGUUUGUUUUUCGCCUUACGUAGAGAGCAACUCGAAAGGAAGAAGAGUUCAUCGAAAAGGGGUUCAACGCCAACAUCGACCGAUCUGCUAAUCAUCAUCCGGACGCGAAAAUAGUGCGGCUGUGGUUGAAGAAGACGCUUUCGUACUUUGUUGCACGAGGCGAGACGAGGCGGUUCUUAUCAGUGGUGGGAAUAGAGCGCACCUUGCACCUCGUGCGCUGCUGAACAGCGUUCGGUGGUUUGCGUAUUUCACGUUCGUCUCGAAUAUGCGUAGAGUGGCGCUCGGGCCGAUCGGAUGGUAGAUAGUAGUGGUACUGUUGGGGCAAAGGCUUAGCAACUUUGUUGCGCGAAGAAACGAAGAGAAACGAUUGCGCUGCGCGAUGAGUGAUGACGAACGAGACUAUCGAGGACAACUUGUCGGUGGCACAAUGAAUGGGCGAUGAUGUGUAGAAGUGUGACGAAGAAAGGUCGCAAGUGCGAACUUUAAACGAAACUCGUGCAGACAGCAGACAACGACGACGACGACACAUCACAUCGGAAUGAAUUCUCGUUUUGAAGUGCUUAUUUCUGUGAGUGAGUGCCCCGAAAUUUCCCGCUAAGAUCUUACUUAAACCAGAAGCAAUUGUACGGUGGAAAACAGGGGAAUAAGAAGAAGAAGAAGCAGAAGAAGGAGGAAAAUCUUAGUUUAGAGGGGCGCUCUAUUUGAAGGAAUGUUGUUGCCUCGUGUCAGUGUCAGAAGGUGAUGGGCAAAGUAGUGCUGCGUCGUACCAAUCGGAAGUGUAGAAUUCGUGUCAGUCGGCUAAAAGUGUGGCGACAGUAGUUUUUUUUUGCGGGUUGGGAGCCGGGAAAGCGGGAGUUGGGGCGACGAGUGGAAUUCUGAGUGAAAGAGAGAGCCAUGGGCGGUCAACGACUGGGGACGUAUCUGCCGUACUAUCGUAAGCGUGAAAACCAAGUGUUCCCCGGUCGACAUCAGCAGUCCGGAUUGAUGAUAACCUGAAAGGCCACCUUGGAGAGGGGGGUGAAACUAGAUUGAAAUUUAUUAGUUUUGCGGAGAAGACCGAUUUGUUAGUUUUCGGGGAUAGGCGUCAACAGGUGUCAAUUUGUUGAUGCUCAGUGGAAGACUUCGACGGAGGGCCCUGGCCCUGCUAGGAGCCCUCCUGCUGGUCAUUCUGAUAUGGCCUCCGUGUUGUGCUACGAUGCCGAAACCACUGCCGGCAGUGCUGCCAACCGUUCCGGAGAUCGACCUUCCCUCGGACCCGGUGCCAGCUGUUUCCAUCGCCAGUCCCCUUCAACACCAGCAGCAGCAGUCGUCGUCAAGUGCCAAUAAAAGCCGCAAAAUGAGCGAACUCAGCCGCUUCAUGAACGUACUUUUGGUGGGGAACUACGAAGACCGAGGCGACGCCGGAGAAAGUGAACAGCAUCCAAGCUCUACGCAAACAGCCGUCGACGACCAAAACCGAACCACGCUAAAUUUACGACGGCCUGAAAAUAACACCGCCGGUUAUUUAAUUGAGCAGUCGAUCGAUAAAAAUAAAUCAAAUGUACAACAAACCGCAGACUAUGCUGCUGCUGCAGUGCAACUGGUAAAGUUAGAUAACGACGAUGACGCUCCAAACGGUAAUCCCGCCGCUGAAUCGAGGAUGCCCGAAGCUCGUUAUCACUCGGAGGCACCACAACAGCAGAUAACGCACAAUCCCACCAUUUACAGCAUUCUGCGCCACAGAAUAGCUCCCCCACUAGCAACGUCAUCGUCAUCGGCGGCGGCGGCAGCAGUUCCCCAAGUUCGCAGCGUCUCCGUCGAAGAACCUGCGAUGCGUAAUGGAAACGAGGUCAUCGACCGCGGCGACGACCAAAACGCCGUCAAUCAAUCAGUAUUCAAUCCCGCCGAAGUGGAUGACCACCGAAGCCGAUCGUGGCCAGUUCUGUCGAGGGUUGGCCGGAGUGCCUCUCCGCCCCAUCACCAUCGGCAUCAGCACUAUCUAACAGGUAAUGGAACCCUAAUGGCACCUGGGACCGGUCGGGGACGGGGGGCAGGACGACAUCAUCAUCAACCACAUCAAAUGCAUCAGCAGCAACAUCAGAAUCAGCAUCGCAAUGGAUCUGCUGGCGGGGGUGGUAGUGGAGGGACGGCGGCCGGGGAUUCGUCCAAUCUAGAGCGCAACGAACGAUCGGCGAAUCUGUCGCACAUUACCGGCGCGAACCGCAAGAUACAGCUCUACAUCAAGAACCGAUACCUGCAGCUGCUAGCCGACGGGACCGUCAAUGGGACGCACGACGAUCAGAGCGAUUUCAGUAAGUAGAACGAUUUGUUUUGAGGUUU